UAUUCAGAGAUGUGCUCAAUAGAGCCCGGCAGCGCGGCCUGCAAGUUCAACGUGGGAUAGGCUGGCGCAGCAAGAGCAAGAGAUGCCAGAGCCGGCAACAGGAAUGUUUGGCAAUGCAUGUCGAAUGCUUCUGCGUAGGUACUUCUGAGGCUGAGUUGAUGGCGUAGGACGUUGACUAUGAGUGGUUGUGGUCGUUAUAGAGAUGGUACAACGACUCGAAAUCCAAUGCAGAAAAUCAGACGGGACCAAGGAAACCGAACGUUAAGAGAAAAACGAGAAAAAAGAGGACGGAAAAGAAAGGGAGAAAAAAACUUCGUCUUUCAAAUGUAUGGGAUGAAGCGUAGAGAGGUAGAGCUGCCACAGGUCCGUUGCGUAAAGCGGGCAGCCGUUUCUAAUAUACCACAACAUCAUCAACAGCUUUCGUCGGCGGCAACGGCUGCCACUGGUCCACUCAUGUCUGGACCAAAGGUAGGUAUGGUGGCCUGCCCGUAUUGGUAUGGCACGGUAUUCGUAGUUCAAAAGAGGAUGGCGGGGGGGCAUGGCCAGGGGUCUGUCGAUGUGUGUGCGAGGCAACGCGUAGGUAUUCGCAGCAUUCAGAAAGCCAAGAUCGGCAGCCGCCAUACCAAUGUAACCGUACAACGGGCGGGAAAGCAAAGAGGGGCAAGUCGUUGAACGAGGGCGAAUGAGCGGAUGGGCGGAAUGCAAGUACUAUCAGGGGGUGUGGGAGGCCAGGCGAUCUCCGCCAGGGUCGGGGCAGAUAUGCAAGCGCCCGGCCCGCUUCGAGGGCCUCGUUGUGUGGUGACAGGUAGCGAUGCAAUCCGCGUCUGCUGCUGCAAAAGUCUCGAGGCAAUGUACUCGUGGUAAUGUCGCGUUGUGUUGGGCUUCCAGUAU